GGCCACUCUCCAAAACUGGGCUUUUCAAUAUCCAUUUCCGGGCUUAGUUUAUCUGUUUCCGGGUCGUUCACCCCGAAGUUUUUCUACAUCAAACUGCCCGCAGUGCCCCCGUCGGUUUUUGAUAACUCUACAGGACUGUCUCCUCUAUCACCCUCGCGGAGUUUCUAAUUGUUUAAUUGUUUCGUUUAAUCUUUGGCGAGUUGUUCGCUUGGUCUAUAUUAGCUCUACGCAACGAGCAAGUGUUGGAUUUUUCGUGCGGGAAACCCAAAGGCAAUAAUUUUUCAAGGCUUAUUGAUUCAUCUCCACGCCUCGUGAAAAGGAAUAUCUCGGUCAUUUUUUUGGAAAAACGGAAACAAGAAGCAAACAUUUCUUAUUUGAGCAAAGGGCUUUUAUUCGUAGAAGCUAUUGGAUCUCCACUCUAAGCUCUUUCUCCUGUUCCUAGCUCUUUGGAUUGAAAUAUAAAUCUCGAUCGUGAUAAAGAAUAAGCCACUAAAAUAAUCGUUUGUCUCUGAAUUUGAAUGAAUCUGAUUUAAAGUUGGGUUAAGCGGCAAAUUGGGUAUAAGCGAUGGAUAUUGCAAUAUUGAAAUUCAAGUACAAAUGGACACGCGAACAUGAAACGCUCCUCAGUCAGCAAUGGGACGAACUGAGGGACUGAAAUAUGUGCUUUGCACUAUUUUAAAAUUACUCUGAAGAUAUUUUAAGAUUUGAAGCUCCUCGCGCAGUUUUAAUUCAAACCUCCCCCGAGAACCGGAGGGAACUGAUUUUGUGGCUUUGUUCGUUGAAGCGUAGCAGGUUAUUGAUGAAAACUUUAACCAAAAUUAUUGUAACUUUUUACGGAUACUACAAACUGUUUAGGAAUAAUCUGAACUGUGGCUUUCUCGAAUUCGGGCAGACCUUUGAAUUGUCCGAGACAAACAUCUAUAAACGCAUAAAACAGAAAAUAGGAUCCAAGAAAAAUUGCCCGUUUUAUUCGGCGGUUUCUUGAUCAAUGCGCCAGAUAAGUUGGACAAAGGUAUAAAGUUCAUAGUUCAUAAAAUAUAUUUAUGAAAGAACUUAUUCAACCAGUUAUAGUGGAAAUACUGUGAAUUCAUCUUCUGAUUAGAAAUUCAUAGCUCCUUUAAUUGAUAUCAAAUUUUUUGGAAUAUUUUCGCAGAACAAAAUUUUUCUCGUUCGUUGAAACCGAUCGACAUUUUACUCACCUUAAGAUUUCUUUUGCUGAGGAAAAACGCACUGUGGAAACGUUCUCCUUUGGUGAGUUGCAAGUUAAAUAAAUUGAGUGGAAAAAACAAAUAGAUACUUAUUAUGUUUUCACGCGAUUGAAUCUAGUAGGUAUCAAUUUCAAAUUUCGAUUUUGAACGUAUCGGAGAAUUGUAUCUGACAGUAAUGCUCCUGAACUGCCAUAUCUCGUUCCCGAUCAUUUGACGCAAUUUAAUAUCUCUCUACAAAUUUUGAAUCGCAUUUCUCGCUAAAAAGAUUGAUGUACAAGAAAUAAGCUUCUUUGCCUUGUUUUGAAACACGACUGAGCAAACUGAAAUAAUGUCUAUGCCUUAUUUAUCGAAUACAUUUUGAAGCGAUUCAUACCAUAAAAUGGCAGAUCUGAUUCUUCGAAAUGAAGAGGCGAUCAAUGAUAGCAAUCUACUGAGCAAAGCUCGCAUUGCUUCCAGAUCGGAAUCCUUCAAACGACAAAACGCGGUGCCGGAACGCGACUCUUUCAGUCUGCAGGAAUCUGAUUCGCCGAGCCUAAGUUCAGUCGUGAGCAACUUUUCAGAGAAUACUUGGGGAAGUUUUGAGAAGGUCAGAGCGUCCGAAGGAAUACAGGGCCGCAAGGAAGAAGGAGUCGAAAUUCAGUCGAACAAUCAUGAUGACUCUAAUUAUUGUGUCCAAUCUACCAACGAGGAGAACCAUCGAUGCGGGCGAUGCCUAUGCGUCGAGGCGCUAGACGCAACACCCAACACAAAGUCUGGAAGUAAACUACAAGGCGCGAAUAGUCUCGAGAGCAACACCCUCAAGCGAGAAAUAUCUGAGCUCAAUUUGCCCAGUCAGGAAUUGAACACACAAUCCAACUGCUUAAAAAACCAACCAAUAGGCAAUCGGGAUCCAUGGAGCAACACGAAAGCGCAAAGUUUGACGGAGUGCGAUCACGAGAGGGACAUGACGAGACUUCUGCGGCAGUCCUCGGAGCAUUGCAACGGGCCGACGCUGCCAGGUCGGCAGGAAAACGCGAAUUGCCGGCGGCUCUUCUCCCAGAUGAGCCAUAACCUGGAGCGCUCCAUCGGUCGCUUCCGGAGCUUCGAGCAUCGCCCCAGCCCGGAGCCAUGGCAACGUCGCCCUCGGCUCUCAUCCUACACGGAACGACCCAUCACGCGCACCGACCCCGCAACCCUCAGCUACAGCUGCAAGAUCCUCCCUUCCUACCAGGUCCUCCGGGCUACCAGCGAGGACACCUCCUGCGCCACCCCCGAAGACAGCACCCAUUGCCAGACACGCCGACUCCAGCGGAGGAACAGCCUCGUGUUCAGACACCAAUUCGAGCCGAUAGAGCGCGUUAAAAGCGAACCCAUCGAUCCUGAAGCCCCGGAGAGCCCCAAAGAGGAGAAACCGAGGAUUCCCGAUGGGGGAUGGGGAUGGGUCGUCGUCUUGUCGUCACUGGUUAUUAGCAUGGUGGCAGACGGGAUAUCCUUCUCCUUCGGGCUCCUCUAUAUAGAGUUCUUGAACCAUUACGGUGAGAGCAAGUCGAGAACAUCUUGGAUCGGGAGUUUAUUCAUGGCCGUCCCGCUGCUCCUGGGGCCGGUGGGGAGCGCUCUGGUUGACCGCUACGGGUGUCGCGCCAUGACCAUGCUCGGUGGCGUCAUCUCGGGGACAGGCUUCAUACUGUCCUCGGUGAGCACGACGAUAGAGCAGCAGUUCCUGACGUUCGGGAUCAUCGCCGGCUCCGGGCUGGGGCUGUGCUACAUGACGGCAGUCGUGAGCGUCGCCUACUGGUUCGACAAGAAGCGCUCUCUGGCGACAAGUCUCGGGGCUUGCGGGACGGGGAUCGGCACCUUCGUCUACGCCCCGAUGACGACGUUCUUCAUCGAGGAGUACGGUUGGCGCGGGGCAAUUCUGCUCUUGGCCGGGACUUUUUUCAAUCUGUGCGUCUGCGGGGCCGUCAUGCGGGACCCCGAGUGGUGGGUCUUGGAGCAGAGGAAGAUGGCGCGGCUGAGCAGGGAGGCCAAGUGCGCGUCGAGCACUUCCAUCUCCGGCAGGUCCAACUCGGACUUCCCGGGCGUGGAGGAGCUGCGGAAGAUGCUCAAGAGCGGAACGCACGAGUACGUCAUGACCGAGAUGAGAACCUCGACUGAGAAGAGGGUCGUCGAGGAUCCGAUCGCCGAGGAGAGACCUGACGACUCCGUCACCCAUGCCUACUGUUCCGUCGUCAACAUCCCGACCUUCGUUAAGCAGCAAGAAAAGGUCCCGUUUGAGGUUUUGGAAUCUUUGAGCAACAACAAGCGGGUUUUCAACGUCAUCUUGAGGAACUACCCGAGCUUGUUGAUGUGCCGCAGUAUAAGCGACCAUGGCGAGCUUUCGCAGAAGAGUAACGGCUCACGGGUACCGGUGACCAUGUCGCUGAAGGUGAAACCGCGCAAGAUUAUGUCCACAGAGAUGAGCCACAGCAUCGACUCCACCCUCAAGAAUGGUACGAUCGCCGAGAGGACCCCAAUCGAGACCCAAAAACAGCCCCCACUCCGAAGCGACUCGGCGGGGAGCUCCGGUCCCAAGCUCAAAAGACAGGCCAACGUCAGGGAACACACCGUCCACUACUUGAAAGACAUCAAGAUUCACAGAAAUUCACUGAUGCAUCGUGGUGCUAUGCUAAGCGUUAACACAUGUCAUCUCCGUGCCUCCUCUUGUCCAAAUAUCUACCGGACUUCAGUUACAACAAUCUCAAAAAAUACCGAAACGGGAAAAUGUUGCGGGGAAUGGACCGACGUUUUUGCAUGCUUAAUGGACUUUUCUAUGUUUCUGGAACUCCAUUUCUUGCUCUUCUCUUUGGCGACUAUUCUCCUCUUCACAUGGUUCAUUGUUCCUUAUUUCUACCUAUCUGAUUUUGUCAUCAAUCGAGGAAUGUCAGACGCCGAAGCUUCUGGACUACUCAGUGUCAUUGGAGUGGCCAAUACUUUCGGAAUGAUAUUCCUGGGCUGGGCCGGUGACCAACCGUGGAUGAACGUGACCAAGACUUACGCGGCUUGUUUGUGCGCCUGUGGGAUUUCGGCCGGACUCAUGCCGCUCUUCAUGGACAACUACUGGGCCCUUUUCGCCACCUCGGCCAGUUUUGGCAUCUUCUUCGCCUCCAACUACUCCUUCACGCCGACCAUCCUCGUCGAGCUGAUCCCGCUCAACCGGUUCACCGCUGCCUACGGUCUCAUCCUCCUCUGCCAGGGCAUCGGGAACCUUUUGGGGCCUCCAUUAGCAGGCUUUGUAUUCGAUGUGAUGAAUGUUUGGGACUAUUCUUUCUACCUGGCCGGGAUUUGGAUCAUAGUCUCCGGAAUGCUGAUGGCUUUCAUUCCUUACACCAAAAACAGAUUAAUCUGGGGAAAAGGCACCUUGGAGAAGGAUAAACAAGCGCUUUUCCUUGACUAAAUAUGCUCGAACGCAUUCACCGAAAUUUGAUGGCUCAAAAACUAUCUUUAUGGGUACCGCAUCACAAAAUAGCAACAUAUAGCGGAAAAUAACAAGAUUAUUAGAUAAACGUUAUUUUUGUACUAAGGCUGUGUUAACAAAUAUUAGGUUAGAACUUGUAUUUACACUCUUUGAAUCUGGGCUGAGCAAGUAUUCUCUUAUUAGAAAUUAUUAUUGCUUUGUUGAUACUCAUUCGCAGGCCGCCCCAGGGUUGUGUCCGUCAAAUGAGAGAAUAAGUUGCGAAGUGCUGUGAAUCAUACCUGAUGUAGUGGCCUAUCUUUUUUCUCUUUUAGAAGGGCUUGGAGACAAGGCGCAUAAGAGCAGUUUUUUUUUUUCUAUUUCGAGAAACACGUGUUUAAAGUUCCAAAAUUAAAUGGAGCCUUCGGGCGGAACGGAAGUUUAAACUCAUUUUUUGGUGCUUAAAAGUUGGAUUUUAAUUGUGAAUUUGUCAAAAAUUAAACUCUCAAACUAGUUUUAGUUGAGCUCAUGAAUAUCUCAAUUUUUUUCAAAAACUGCACUUAUGUACCUUAAGCCCCUCCGACACUGUGGGCGAUUUACCUCAUGCCUUAUAUCUCCGGGAUGUUGCAUGGAAACAGUAUUAGAGGCAGCAAUUCGGCAACACCGCAUUCCCUCCAUUUAAACCUAUAUUAAAUAAAUCGAUUCCUGUUAAAGCACCUGGCCCCUUCAAGAAUCGAUACGUAUCCAUAGGUUUAAAUGGAGAAAAAAAAUGUUGCGGAUUUUCUGGAUCCGCCGAUGAACAGUGUUUGGUUUGCGGCCGGGGGGGGGGGGGAUUUUACACGAUCGGGGUCGUUUGUUGUAUUCUGUAUUACAUAAUUUAGUAAUUAUUUAAUCAGCAGGUAAAAAAAUCAUCCUGUAAAUGGUUUUGUUCAAAAUAUUAAAUUACUUCAAAUCAAGAAAUUGAUUUAUCACUCC